UCGCCUCAUCAUCAUCAUCAUCUCCUUGAACCCUUCCUUCCAUGGAUGUUGAACACAGAAAGGCUAAAAACAGCAAAAUAAUAAUAUACAUAUAAUAUAAUAUAUACUUAUACAUAUAUAGCCUUGGGGGGAUAGGAGAACUUGAGAGAUAGGCGUACAGGCCGGCGGGGAUCGUCCAUUGCAUACUCCAUAUAUAGUGUUUGUUUUGUUCCUGUACGCCAUUAAUAUUAAUAUUGAUAUUGAUAUUAAUAUUAAUAUUGCGUUUGGAUUGAUUGCUUGAUUCUAUCAUAUAUAUAUAUAUAUAUAUAUAUCCCCAAUAAUCUGCAACGCCUGCCUGCCUGCCUGCCAGCCGCCCGCAAGUAUGCAAAGAAGCGGGAGGAGGGGUGGUGUUUUAUUGUUGUUGUUGUUUUAUUCCAGCGUAUGUGCGGCGGCGGCGGCGGCGGCGAAAUCCAAACACUUGCUUUUGGCAUGCGGGUCUGCGAAGGGUGGGGUUGACGAAGAGGCGGGGCGCAAAUGGAAACCCGAUGCUAAAUAUUUGGGAUCCGGUGAUAAAGGAGCGGCAGCCACCGCUGAGAUUCAAGACCCAUCGCUUCCUUCCGUCAUUCCGUAUAUGUCUGCUAGAAUUUUCAAGGCAAAAGGCUCCUACAAAUUCCCCACCCAAGUCUCCGCCUCCGCCAAUCGGACUUUGCUCAGGCUUUAUUUCUACCCAUCCACCUAUCCCGGCGUCGAUAUUUCCAAAUCAUAUUUCGAUGUAUCCGUGGGCUCUGUUACUCUGCUCAAAAACUUCAGUGCUUACCUCACCGCCGAGGCCCUCACUCAGGUCUAUAUCAUGAAGGAAUAUUUUCUAACCCCCGUCCCCAACAUGGAACUCACCUUCAAACCCUCCGACGACUCCAACGACUCCUUCGCCUUUGUCAACGCUAUCGAGCUCAUCGCAUCUCCCGAUAUAUUUGGCAUUGGCAACAUUUUCAUGGCUGGGUUUCUGGAUCAGACCCUGUCCGUGGCCGAUAAACAACUAGAGACGAUGUACAGGAUCAACGUCGGGGGUCAAUACAUUCUUCCCACCAAUGAUUCCGGCGGCCUAAUGCGUAACUGGUACGAUGAUAGUCCUUUCCUGUAUGCAGGUACCGGAGGUGUAACCGGCGGAGGUUUCAGAAAGGUGGACUACCAAGAUAUGCCCACCUACGUCGCACCCGCUGAUGUCUACAGUUCAUACAGGUCCAUGGGUCCCAAUAGCGAUCUCAACACCAAGUAUAACCUCACCUGGGCAUUUCGGGUGGAUCUCAAUUACGCCUAUCUUAUGAGGUUCCAUUGGUGCGACACCAUGAUGAACAUCACCAGGCCCAACGAGGUAGUUUUUACCAUGUUCUUGAAUAACCGAACAGCCGAUGAAAAAAUCGAUCCGGUUGCUAUAGCGAACAAUCGACUUGGGGUCCCCGUGAUAAGAGAUUACGUAGUGAACGUCAAAGACCGGGGCGGUAACGAUGAUGACGACCCUGCUAGAGAUCUGCUCUGGAUAGCUCUGCAUCCAUCCUCUGAAGCCUCGUCUUACUACGCCGACGCUUAUCUCAGCGGGAUUGAGAUAUUCAAAAUCUCCAACGCUGCAAAGACCCUGUCGGCUCCUAAUCCCGCAAUGUCAGCGAUGAUGAGGAAGUAUCGGCUAGAAGAGGAUCAGCAAGUCCGAUACGCCAACUCUGAUGCAUUCAACACGGCCGUGAUAGGCGGAGCUACGGGAGGAGCAGCCGCGUUUGGUCUGGCCGCGGCCUUGUGCUUAGUUGCGUAUAACAGAAAGAAGAGAGUGCCCGGAGGAGAUACAACUAGCUGGCUCCCAGUUUACGGGAAUUCUCGGGGGGCUUCCACCAGGAGUCACAGCGGGACCACCAUUUCCUCAGACGCCGCAUCUAACUGCAGGUAUUUCUCGCUGGCGGAAAUCAAACAAGCCACCAAGAAUUUUGACGAGUCAAAUGUGAUUGGGGUGGGAGGGUUCGGGAAGGUGUACAAAGGGGUGAUAGACGGGGGAGAGGUGAAAGUGGCGAUCAAGAGAUCGAAUCCGUCGUCGGAGCAAGGAGUGCAUGAAUUCCAAACAGAAGUUGAGAUGUUGUCGAAGCUAAGACACCGGCAUCUGGUGUCGUUGAUUGGCUUCUGCGAGGAAGAUAAUGAAAUGGCAUUGGUAUACGACUACAUGGGACGGGGAACCUUAAGAGAACAUCUCUACACAAACAAGGGGGGUAGCGGUAAUAAGAGCAGCAGUUCUGAUUUGUGUUGGAAGCAGAGGCUAGAAUUAUGCAUCGGUGCUGCCAGGGGACUGCAUUACCUGCAUACAGGGGCAAAAUACACAAUCAUUCACAGGGACGUGAAGACCACCAACAUUCUUUUGGACGAAAAGUGGGUGGCUAAGGUUUCAGAUUUCGGGCUGUCGAAGACGGGUCCAGACAUGAACAAAGGGCACGUGAGUACAGUGGUGAAGGGCAGCUUCGGAUACCUGGAUCCUGAGUAUUUCAGAAGGCAACAACUCACAGAGAAAUCAGACGUUUAUUCAUUCGGGGUUGUUCUUUUCGAGGUAUUGUGCUCCAGGCCGGCAUUGAACCCAAGUCUUCCCAAGGAGCAGGUUAGUCUUGCGGAUUGGGCGUUGAGUUGCUACCGGAAGGGGACGUUAGAGGAGAUAGUGGACCCUCAGAUAAAACCAGAGAUCAAAGCAGAAAGCCUGAAGAAAUUCUCAGAGACGGCGGUGAAAUGCUUGUCGGAUCACGGGACGGACAGGCCUUCCAUGGGAGACGUGCUGUGGAACCUGGAGUUUGCACUUCAACAACAGCAAGACAACCCAAACUCCGGGGGGGAUAAUAAGAGAAACAAGCCCAAAGCAUCUCCCAGUAAUCCCAAUGAAGGAGAAGAGGAAGCCGUAAUUGAUCAACACAGCCUCAUGGCUAUGCACAGAAAUACCUUGAGCCUUGGGAGCGACGAUGGGUUUGAAGCCAGUGCAUUUUCACAAACAUCAGGGACUGGGAGGUAACAUGCAUAUAUAAAUAUAUUGUCAGAUUUAAUUCAUUUAACCUCAUCCUCAUCCUCCUCCUCCUUCUACUUCAAUUCUAUGACCUGAUGAUGAUGAUGAUGAUAUGUAAUAUGUAAUAUGUAUGUAAUGGAGGAGCUAAGGUACAAAUUGUAUAUACUCCACUCAUGUAACUACCAGCUACCCGCUUCGAUUACGCUCCUGGAUCGGAUCUUAAUUGCUUUU